AUGGUGCUCGAGACGGCCUGCGACUCGGCGACGAUCAGAUGGGCGGCCGGCGGCGGCGAGUCGGCGGUGUCGCACUACCACGUGCAGUUUCGCGAGCUCUUCGUCGGCCGGCCGCCGGAGCCGUGGCCGGCGACGCACCAGAAGGUGAAGACGACGGCCUGCCGCAAGAAGAACCUCGCGCCGUCGACGGCCUACGAGGUCCGCGUCCGCGGCGUCGCGGCCGCGGGCGGCCCGGGCCCCUACGGCGCGACGCUGUGCCUGAGGACGGCGCCGGCGCCCCCGGCGCCGCCGCCGGCCUACGAGGGCGAGGUCCGCGACGACCUCCGCGAGACCGUGCGGUCCGCCGCCGUGCGCGAGGCCGAGGACGCGCGGCGCCGCGCGGCCGCGCGCGCCGCCGCGGCCGCGCGCGCGGCCGACGAGCCCCCCGCGCCCAAGCCCGCGGUGCCGAGCCUGAAGCUGUCGUGGUCCUGCGGCGUCUGCGGGCGCACGAACGAGCUCUCGCGCAACUGCUGCCGCGUCUGCGCCAUGCCGCGGUCCCCCCCGGCGUCCCGGUCCUACUGCAACGAGAAGCUCGCGUCGCUCAAGGGCGCCUGGGAGAGCUGCGUCGACGAGCAGCGGCGCCGCGACCGGGCCGCGUCCGCGAGCCGCCCCGUGUACCCGCCCGGCGGCCCGCGGCCCCGGAGCCGGAGCUCGUCGGCGCUGCCCGACGCCGCGCCGCGCGACGCGCCGAGGAGCGACCGGGCGCGGAGCCCGCGGCCGUCGACGCACGCGCUCGAGACCGCGAGCAGCUCGUCGCGGCGGCGGCGCAAGUCGACGACGGACCUGCCGUCGGCCGGUGACGAGCCCCGGCGGCCGAGCCGGGGCCGGCCGCCGCGCGCGUGCGCGGGCCCCGCGCGGCGGCCUCCCGCGCCGCCCGCGGCGGACGCGGCCGGGGGCGCGCGCGCCGCGGCGCCGGCGAGCGGCCGCCGCGACCACCGGCCGCCCCCGGCGAAGGCGAGCUCGCCGCGCGCGGCCGCGCCGACGCCCGGGUCGCCCUACGCCAAGAGCGUCCGCGGCCGCAAGUCGCCCAAGUCGCCGGGCGCGCCGCGGAGCGCGCUGCGGCCGCGGCCGCCCGGCGGCGACAAGCCGCGGCGGCCGGCGUCGGCCGGCGCCGCGCGGCCCGCCGCCAAGAAGGCCACGGGCGUCAACCUCCGCCAGGGCGUCAAGUACGUCGGCCGCUGGCUCCGGCGGCGCAAGCCCCCGGCGCCGGACGCGACGCCGCGGAAAUCCGCGAGCCUCUCGCCGCGGAAGCCCCGGCCCGACGAUCCGGCGCCGCCGGACCCGAAGUCCUUCACGGACGACCUCGGCGCGACGACCAAGUUCCUCACGAAGCACUCGAACCGGCCCUGCUGCUUCGAGGCCGCGGGGAGCGACGACCGCAACUACUACGACACGGCGACGGCGACGUGGUCCCGCGCGCCGCCGGCCGGCGCGCCGCGCUGGUACUGCAUGACCAACGACGACGCCGUCGCCUACUACUGGCACUCCCUCACCGGCGACACGGCCUGGGACCACCCGGGCGAGGACGUCUGGCGCGAGUGCGCCGCGCCGGACCUCCCGGGCCGCAAGGUAGCCACGAAGAGCAAAGCGCAGUGCAAAAACCACGUCAAGCGCGGCGACGAGGACCCGGAGUGGAUCCAGUCCUUCUUCUCCAUCGUCCAGGACGAGGAGGCCGCGGGGAGCGACGACCGCAACUACUACGACACGGCGACGGCGACGUGGUCCCGCGCGCCGCCGGCCGGCGCGCCGCGCUGGUACUGCAUGACCAACGACGACGCCGUCGCCUACUACUGGCACUCCCUCACCGGCGACACGGCCUGGGACCACCCGGGCGAGGACGUCUGGCGCGAGUGCGCCGCGCCGGACCUCCCGGGCCGCAAGGUCUACUCCUGGGCCGGCCCUGCCGCGGCGUCGGGCUGA